UGUAUUUAGAGACAGAAGUGGCUGUGGUGCUCAGCAUGAACCAUGAGCUUUUAUCUGAACCCUCCAAAAACUCUCAUCACAAUCUGCAAUGUUUACAUAUGACUCAAAAAAACUAAUAAUAAAAGAGAGCGCUGGAGGAAAGGCGAUGGAGUAUAGUGGCAAUCUUUAAUUCUUAUGACGGAUUUACAGCAUCACAGUGUGAAUUACACUUUGAAGGAUAUUUAAUCACCACCACAACGAUGUCGUUUUUCCCAUUUUUUUCAGUUUCUCUCCUGAACAUGCUGUUUCUAACGAAAACAUAUCUCUGUAUGGAAACAGAUUUUUGUGAACCUGUGCGACUUGACCGUGAGAAUUUCCCAAGUCAUCUCGAGAGACACAGCAAAGAAGUUGUUGUUUACAGAAUAAACGCUUUUAAUCAGGAAUUUUAUCUCAAUCUUCAGCCUGACUCCACUUUUCUGGCUCCUGAUGGCACAUCUUUAAACGAUUUUGCUGAGUCUGGUCUUAAAAGAUGCUUUUACUCCGGUGAUGUUAAUUCAGACAGCAACUCAUAUGCAGCGCUAAGUCUCUGUCGAGGACUGCAAGGUGCCUUUACUUUUCACGGGAAGCAAUACUUUAUCCAGCUGAGGUCCAUGAAUACAUCAGAGAUCUCAGAUGAUGCUGAAAAAACGCACAUCAUCCGCAGGAGAAGACAAAUGGAUGCGCAAUCAACAUUGAGAUGCGGAGUUAAAUCAAACGAAAACGUCGUGGAGUCAUUGAACAAGUACAAACAUUUUAAUGGGCUUACAACGAACGGUACUCUAACUUUAUUAAAACACAUGGGUCGAUCGAAACGAUUUGCCUCCAUACCGAGAUAUGUAGAAGUCUUGGUUGUUGCUGAUGAAUCAAUGGCGAAAUUUCACGGGGACGAUCUGAAGCAUUAUAUUUUGACGCUUAUGUCUGUCACUGCAAAGAUGUACAAACACCCCAGCAUCUUAAACUCCAUCAAUAUAGUGGUUGUGAAGCUUAUGGUGAUUAACGAGGCUGAGAAAGGACCCAAGGUCUCCGGUAACGCGGCGUUAACAUUGCGCAACUUCUGCACCUGGCAAAAGAAGCUGAAUAAGAUCAACGACAAGCAUCCAGAGUAUUGGGACACGGCAAUAUUGUUUACUAAGCAGGACCUUUGUGGAGCCACUACAUGUGACACUCUGGGUAUGGCUGAUGUUGGCACCAUGUGUGAUCCUAAGAGAAGCUGUUCAGUUAUUGAAGAUGAUGGCCUCCCAUCAGCUUUCACUACCGCACAUGAAUUAGGUCACGUAUUCAGUAUGCCACAUGACAACGUCAAGGCUUGUGAGGAUGUAUUUGGAAAGUUAAAAGACAACCAUAUGAUGUCCCCUACACUGAUCCAGAUUGACCACAUCAGGCCCUGGUCUGUCUGCAGUGCUGCCAUCAUCACAGACUUCCUGGAUUCUGGCCACGGUGACUGUCUGUUGGAUCAGCCCCAAAAGAUGUUGUCUCUUCCCGAGGACCCUCCAGGUGUCACCUACUCGCUCACCCGUCAAUGUGAGCUGGCCUUUGGCUCGGGAUCUAAGCCGUGCCCUUACAUGCAGCCCUGCACCAAACUAUGGUGCACUGGGAAAGCUAAAGGACAGUUGGUGUGUCAGACUCGUCACUUUCCUUGGGCAGAUGGCACGAACUGUGGAAGCAACAAGCUGUGCUUUGGGGGGAUUUGUACUGAUAAGAAAAAUAUCACCAUGGUUAAGGUAGAUGGCCGAUGGGGUCGGUGGGGUCCCCACGGUCCAUGUUCCCGUACGUGUGGUGGAGGGGUACAGCUGUCUAAAAGGGAUUGCAACAACCCUGUCCCUGAAAAUGGGGGCAAGUACUGCCAAGGACUGAGGGUGAAGUAUCGAUCCUGCAACUUGGACCCUUGUAAAGACACAGGAAAGAGCUUUCGAGAGGAGCAGUGCGAGGCAUUCAAUGGCUUUAAUCUUAACACUAACAGACUCAGUCCUUCUGUGGUCUGGGUCCCUAAAUACUCUGGAGUCGCUGUUAAGGACAGAUGCAAGCUUAUUUGCCGAGCCAAUGGAACUGGAUAUUUUUAUGUCCUCGCGCCAAAGGUGGUGGAUGGGACACCUUGUUCCCCUGAUACUUCAGCCGUCUGUGUUCAAGGAAAGUGCCUUAAAGCAGGCUGUGAUAGCAAGCUGAACUCCAACAUGAAGUUUGACAAAUGUGGUGUAUGUGGCGGAGACAACAAGAGCUGCAAGAAAGUGUCUGGAAUGUUCACAAAGCCCAUAAAUGGAUAUAACUUUGUGGUGACUCUACCUGUCGGAGCCUCAAACGUGGACAUUAGGCAGCGAGGUUACCGGGGUUUGGUCAGUGAUGACAACUAUUUAGCAGUGAAGAACAUUCAUGGCAUCUAUCUCCUCAAUGGAAACUUUGUGGUGUCAGCCACAGAAAAGGACAUUAUUGUAAAGGGAAGCCUGUUGCGUUACAGUGGAACCGGCACGGCAGUGGAAGUGCUGCAAGCAUCGAGACCACUAAAAGAGUCUCUUACUGUGGAAUUGCUAUCCGUGGGAAAUAUGACUCCUCCUCGGGUCCGGUAUUCCUACUACCUGACUACGGUAAAAAAGGAGGACAAGAUCUUAAAGAAGGAGGCGAAGAACCCUAUGCAGAAUAGCGUGUUGGAGGACAGUAAUAAAGUGGAAUUGAAGAAAGCAGCCAAGUGGGUAGCCGCAGACUGGAAUAAAUGCUCGGUUACUUGUGGAAAUGGGGUCCAAUUCAGACUGAUACAAUGUUUGGACACAGAUGGGAAAAAAGACACACGUUGUGACACCACCCACAAACCCAAAACCAUGAGGGUGUGCGGUGACCCCUGCCCAAUGUGGAGCAUCGGUGAGUGGUCACCAUGCUCAAAAACCUGCGGGAAAGGAUUUAAGAGACGUCCGCUGCAUUGCAUCACUCAGACAAGGGUGUAUUUACCUAGAGACCGGUGUUCAAGCAGAAAAAAGCCACAGGAACUGGACUUCUGCACCGUUCAGCGCUGCUAGUGACCAUUUCAGACAUUUUGGCAAAAUGUUUAUGUGUUUGUUUCCUCCUGUGCCUCACCUUUGAAUUACGUUAAGAAAUUGGGAAGAUGCAAACUCUUUGACUGAUUUAUGUUGUAAGGUGCAGUUUAGAUAUCGCCUACCUCGAAAUCGACAUUGUUUUUUAGGGCAGCCACAUGAAGUUAGCUGAAAGGUUUCACAAGUAAUACAUAACCUUCAAGUUGUUAUGGCAAAACCCGAACGAUUGCAACAGCAUCUCUGCAUGUGGAUCGUAGAUGAAGUGAGCAUAUCCAAAAUGUGGGUUUGUAUUUAGACUGUACAAAUAUAUGUGAAUAAUUUGAUCCAAAUGUGAAGCAUUGUAUGCAAAAUAAGGCAACUUGGUCCAUGCACUAUCAAUUUUGCAUUCGUAUUUUGAGCUGAGCUAGUAUAAAUCACUGACGGUACAACAAGCAGAUACUUUUGUGGUAAUUUACCGUGAAAAAGAAAACAGAACCUACACAGAUAUCAUAUAAAUGUUAAAAUUUAAGUAUUAAACUUGACGUGUUAUAAUGGUGCUUUACACAAAGAGAUAAAACCUGUUAAUAUUCAGAUUUAUCACAUCAGCUUUCUAUAAACAUAUACUAUAAAAAAAUCAUUGGUUGUCUUAAUGUUCUAGUAAAAUGUGUAUUUUCUGAGAGGUUUUAAUGUUGAAACAGCCUGGUACUGCAAAUGAUUAUACAUAAGGCUAUACUAGUGUAGUUUUACUAAAACUAGAUCUGAUAUUAGAAAAGUGAUGUCUUUAUCUUUUUUUUUCUUUUUUUGGAGAAGAAAUGAAGUUAGAUCUGUACAUUUGCCGCCUUCUGACAGUUUAAUCUAUCAAAUAUUGUUUUACAGGUCAAUUCCCAGAAUGAUUACCCAUAAUGCAGCUGCUAUAGCCACUGUAAGUGUAAAAUCACUAUGUUUUUUAGAUAGACCAUUAAUGGUUUUGUUGUAGGUGUAUUAGAUCUAUUCUCUGCUGAACAUAUGAAGAUUUAUUGUAAUAUUGUAAAAAAAAAUCCUGUAAACAAGUUGUAUUGUUCUUAUUGCUAAGCUUUGAGAGAAAUGUCUCUUCUAUCCAAAACGAGGAUCCAUAUUUUAGUUUUUGUCCUUGACACCUCUUCUGAUGUUAAUACGGCAAAAGGCACUUAUCUUUUUGUAUUGAAAUCCAUUGUAUACUAUGUAUACAUUCAUUGUGCACAAAUAAACAAAGAAAUUACAUUAAAUGUUUUGUUAAUGCUCUGAAGAAAUAUCCAUGCACGUAUACCCGUGUCUGUCAUGCCUCAAACUACUUAAAAACCUCUCGUGAUUUUAUCAUGCCACACUCUUUACCAAAGGCCGUUUGGAGCGUCAUGGACAAUUCUGAUGAUGCAAGUGUUUCCUGGAAAAUAAAGCAAAAAACUGACCACCUCAUUGAUAAUCCUUUGCUUUUGUUUGAAAACGCUUAGGCCACACAGAAUCUGCCC